AUGCUCUUCUCGUGUCUCGCCCGCAAGACAUUCGCAAUCAUCCUCAUCCUAGUCACCCAGAUAUUUGCGCCUACCCGCCUCGUUCUGACCGCCGAUGACUCCUUCGACCUGGCCCACGCCGUCCACAGAGACACCCACGGAACCAUCGUCGGCCUCGACUUGCCCUCCCACUCCAUCAUCAUGGCCAACCACCAGGUUCAUGCUCUUUCUCUGCCCCAUCUUUCCGUGAACAAAAACCGGCCCCAUGUGUCUCUGGCGUACCUGGCCGACAUCCACAGCGCCCUGAUCAUCAUCCUGAAAGCCUCGCUGAAAUGGGUCCCGCUCGUAGGCCCGCGUCCGAGCAAACCUGACCCGCAACGCCCACCUCACCGCCAGUCGAGCAUGCCCUCCACCCAGCACUUCGCAUUCUCGGUCGGCUGGAUCGUCAUCAGCGCCUUCUCGUACGGCUACCACAUCUCGGCCUUGAACGGGGCGCAGGAUGCGAUCAGCUGUCGCUCGAACAGGGCGCGGCCGGACGACCAGGCGCUGUACCCAUCGCUCUCGCUCCUCACGCCCUGUAUCGCGAUGUCCGACACGCUCUUCGGCCUGCUCACCUCCUCGUACACGGUUGGGGGCUUUGUGGGCUCGAUGUAUGCCUCGCGAGUAGCGACGGGGCGGGGGAACCGACGGACGCUAGUGUUAUCGGCGCUGGCGAUAGCCGGAGGGUCUUUAGUGAUGGCGCUGGCGAACAUGUUUGUGCUGCUGCUGCUCGGCCGGACGUUGGUGGGUGUGGGAUGCGGCCUGACGACGGUGCUUGUGCCGCUCUCCCUGGCCGACGUGGCCCCGUCGACGAUCCGCGGCGCCAUAGGCGUGACCAACCAGCUCGCCAUCGUCCUCGGCAUCUUCGCCGCCCAGAUCCUCAGUCUCCCGCUGGCCACCGCCUUCCGAUGGCGCUGGAUCUUCGCCUUCUCCGCCCUCGUCUCGCUCCUCCAACUCGUCCUCGCCCCCCUGCUCGCCGCCGACUUGGCCGCCGACCCGUCGUCGGACCGCUCCGACGACGACGACCCGCUCGACUUCGAGCAUGAGGCCCUCUUGGCCCCCGCCCACUCCAUCCAUCUCCAGCCGCCCUCGGUUCCCCCCCUCCCGCCGCUCUCCCUCGCCCAGUUGCUCCGCGACCAGCCGUGGAAACUCGACCCCGCCCUCGCCAGCGGCCUCGCCAUCGUCCUCAUCACCCAGCUCGCCCAACAGCUCUCGGGCAUCAACGCGGUACUGUACUAUUCAACGUCGAUCAUGAAGUCGGUCCUGCCGACCAAAGCGCUCUACAUCUCCAUCUUCGUCACCGCGAUCAACGUCCUGAUGACCUUCCCGGCGCUCUUCCUGGUCGACAAGCUCGGCCGGAAGCGGCUGCUGGUGCUGUCGGCGGGGAUGAUGGCGGGGACGUCGUUGGUGCUCGGCGUGGCCAUCAACCACGAGCUUGCCCACCUCUCCAGCCUCGCCAUCGUCCUCUUCGUCGCCUCCUUCAGCCUCGGCCUCGGGCCCAUCCCCUUCGUCAUCCUCUCCGAAGUCGUGCCCGCUUACGCCGUCUCCGCCGCCGGAUCGCUCGGCCUGGCCCUCAACUGGGCCGCUAACUUCCUCGUCGGACUGGCUUUCCUUCCGCUCCGCAACCGCUUGGCUACCCCGGACGGCGACGGCGACGGGAACGUCUUCUUCAUCUUCACCGGCCUCGGCGCCCUCUCCACCCUCCUCAUCCUCCGCCAAUUCCCCCGCUAG